GGCUGAACGUGAAACUGCGCAGAAAUUAGGAGUAGACGUUACAGAAGAGGUGUGUACAUAGAGUUUCAGUAAGAAAAACAGGAAUCGAAACUGCUGGUUUGAAUCCUGCUGUUAUCGUAGUUUUCAUCUCAUCUUCGAUCACUACCCUAUUUGUUUAAAGUCAAUGGAUAACUUGCCAUCAGAUGAUGAGUUAGAUGUACUCGUACUGGACCAUCUGGAAAAUUUAUCAAUUAUUAUUGAGUUAAAUCAUCAUUUAGAAGAUUCUUUAAGUGAAGGUAGACUCCUUUUAGCGAAGACACGACAAAAUCUUCGGGGAAAUAGUUGUUCAAUCUCUUCAACUUCUUAUAAUUUAAAUGAAAUGUCUACCAGAGGAGCAUCUCUUCGUGCUGCAGUUAUUGAAGAGCCUAUUGAACCCAUCUGUGGUAUGGAUAUUAAAGCUGUUCGUUUUCAAUUGAUUGAUGAAUUGGCUAGUAAUAACUUACAUUGUAACCCUUCAGUGGACCCAAUUCGAUGGUUUUCUGGAGUACUUGUUCCUUCCAGUUUACGUUAUGCACAAUCUUGUUUUCGACGUGCUGUGAAUUUAUCUUUAGAACUAGCCAGUCGGCGAGGAAAACUAGAAGCAUCUUCUCAACAGAUUAAACAUCUGAUUAGAUUACGAACUACACCGAUAGUAUAAUUGUAUCAAAGAUUUUUGUAUAACUUGAUUUUAUCUAACUUUUUUUUUUGAACUAUGAAAACAUUUCUACUUCUUAUCGGUUUUUUUUGAAUGUGAUAUAGUGUUGACUGAUUUCAAAUAUCUCAAUAACUUCUUCUGUUAAACCAAGUUUCGUACUAUCAUCAUUUGAGAAUAAGAAUAAUCCUCAAUAUUUAGGACUUAAGAUUUACUUUCUAUGAUUUUACCACUAGACAAGUUGAUUUAACAAUAUAUUCCCUUUUCGUAUAAGUUUUAUUCUUUGUUUUCAAGGUAUAAAAAGCGGUAUCAAUUAAAAUAUUUAAUAAAAUUUAUUGUUGUAGA